ACCUCACUUCACCUCCAGUCACAACGCCGGAAAUCACACUCCCCAAAGCAGGAAUGAUUACUCGGUAACACCGACAUCAACCCACGACUCCAAAAUGGCAGAGUCCAAAGCGCCCGAGUCGGAACUCGGCGAAGCGCUCUACGACAUCUGCAGCAAAGACGCCUUCACCUCCGGCGAGCGCUACAAGAAAACCUUCACCCAGGACUCCCUGCUGGCCCUCUGCACCGACUUCAAACCCCUCAUCCACGUCCAGGAUGCGCGCAAACUGCUCCCGCUCAUCCAGGAGCUGUGCAAUCUCGGCCUCUUCAUCCCGCUCAAAAACAAGACCGGCACGUGCUGGGCCCUGCGGCCGCGCGAUGCCGCCGCCAAAAUGCAGAGUCUGAGCGACGAGCAGCGCCGCGUGUACCAGCACAUUGAGGAAGCUCACGAACAGGGCAUUUGGAUCCGCAACUUGAAGACUCGCACUGGGAUCAAGGAUGGCAAGUCGAUGGCGAAAAUGCUCGGCCAGAUGGCGAAUAUGAGACUCAUCAAGAGCGUUACGAAUGUCAAGUCGCCUGCGCAGAAGCAUUAUAUUCUGUUCCAUCUUGCGCCGAGUGAUGAGCUUACCGGCGGGAGUUUCUACGACAAGGGCGACCUAGAUCAAGGAUUGAUCGAUGAGCUGAGCAACCUGAUUGUCUUCCACGUCCGGCAAACGAGUUGGGUAGAGGAGAGGAAAAAGCGAAUCAAGAAAGAAGCAUCACCCGUCCUCGUCCGCGACCACGACAUCCCAGCAGCAACCACAGAGGGCGUAACGGACGCAGCCAAAGCGAAAAAGCGAAAACGAGACGCAACCCAGCCCAUCGACAUCGAAGACGCCCCUCCCGCCCGCAAACACCGCGUGCACAGACACGCCUCCGAAGCGGAAAUCGAAAGCAUGGCAAGCACGCAACAACCCUUCCCCGCCGGCCACGAGUACCAAACCGCCGCCUCGAUCCACGAGUACAUCACCAGCAACAACAUCAUUCGCGCGGGCAAGGCGCAACUCCUCACCGUCGACGAGGUGCAAAACGUCCUCAACGUCCUCCUCUGGGAUGGGAAGUUGGAGAAGGUGAACGGCGGGUACCGCAGCGUGCGCGGCGUCAAGUUCCGUCCUGUUGGCGAAGGCCCGGAAGAAGAUGCGGCGAGACGGCGGGGUAAUGCAAUCACCGAAAUGCCGUGUGGACAGUGUCCUGUGUUCCAUCUUUGUGGGACGGGCGGGCCGGUGAAUGCGGAGAAUUGCGUGUACCUGGACCGCUGGCUGGGCGUGGGUGUUGCUGCUGAAGGGUGAGGGCGAGCUUCCUUUGAUCGUCACAGUUUAUUUGAGCGAUGGCGUAGGGGUAUGGAUGAGUCGGUCUCUAUUAGAAUGCAUGAAGCGGGGCGGACGGCCAGGGCAUGCAUAGAUAUGUUCACGUACGAAUUGGAUCUUUUUCAACGUCUC